GAGUGCUGUGCUGGGCCGGGUCCUUUGGCAGCUGAUUCGGUGCAGCAUGAGUCCUGGCGGGAAUGUGCCAGUGAUACUGGCAGUCCGCAAGUUGACCUCACAGGGGCAUCUUGGAGUUCAGCUGCUUGGGCCAAGAACCCCUUGAACAAAAAUUUCAAGUGCUGGAAGGUCACUCUGGACCCCAAAUAUUCACUACCACCUGAGCCUGAGUUCAUGAAUGAAGAUCUUACCCACGAAGUCCCCAAGUACGAAGAACAGGGUCAGCAAAGGGGAAGGAAACCUCAAAGGUUGUCACCCAAGGCUGCUGCCAAGAGACGUGCAAAGGGGAAAGAGUCCAAAAAGGGUCCCACAAAGACCAAGGCUUCAAAGGUUGCAAAGUCGAAGGUAUCCAAAACUCCAGGGAAGGGGGCAGCCAGGAGAGUGAGAAAGGGAAGAGUGGGGGGAGGCCGCAAAGAAAAAAACAAGAGGGUGCGCCGCGCAUCCCAGUCUCGAGCUGCCUCGUCAGCUGCAUCCCCGGCAGAGGCCUCCAUGUCAGAGGCCGCACCACGCCCAAGCACAUCCAAGAGAGCACGCAGGGCAAAGCAACCUGGCACUGAGGCACCUGUCACUUCCACCACUGAGGCACCUGUCGUUCCCAGCAGCAAUCAGGAACAGCCAGAGUUCAGCAUUCCGGAUGACGCAGUGGAAGCCCCAGCCCAUUGCACAUACAAUGCUGUCUACAGCACAGCCUACCGUCGGGCACAGGCAACCAAGUGCACAGUCGCUGAGUGUAAGAAUAAGGGAAAGCAUGCCUCGUGGUUACUCCGUGUGCACCACAAGAUUUCACCAAGUUUGUCAGGGAUUCCCAGGGAGCCCAGGGAGCCCAGGGAUAAAAAGAACAAUGUCUCUAAGGGCAAACCUGAUCCUCGUUGA